GAAUCAAACCAAACUCCAAACCCAGUGGCACCACGCCCUCCCCUCCCGUCGCGGCGUCGUCAUCUCCACCGCUCCACGCGACGCAGUCCGGUGCUGCGACAACUACACGAAACCCACUUCGGACGAAGCAGAUCCCAUAUAUACCACCGACUCCACUCCGCGCGUCGCCGCCGUCCGACCUGCCAGAUCCAGGCGUCCAGAUCCCCGAACACCCGCGCGUGCCCCCAUGGAGCCCUCGCCGGCGCAGGCGGGCGCGUCGGACCGCGACCGCUCGCCUCCGCCGCCGCCGCCUCCCCCGCCCCAGUCGUCGGCCGCCGCGGCGAUCUCGUCGCCGCUCGCCGUCGUCUGCAGCUUCUGGAAAGACUUCGAUUUGGAGAAGGAAAGAAGCGGUUUGGAUGAGCAAGGUUUAAAGAUUGCGGAGAAUCAAGAGACUAGCCAAAAGAACAGACGUAAGCUGGCUGAGAACACUCGGGAUUUCAAAAAGGCAUCUUCAGAUGAUAAGCUGAGUUUGUUCAACUCUUUGCUGAAGAGUUACCAAGAAGAAGUCGAUAACCUCACAAAGAGAGCAAAGUUUGGAGAAAAUGCAUUUCUCAACAUCUACCAGAAGCUCUAUGAAGCCCCUGAUCCAUAUCCAGCUCUUGCUUCUAUGGCUGAUCAAGACCAGCAACUAUCUGAACUUGAGACAGAAAACCGUAAGAUGAAACUAGAGCUUGAAGAAUACCGUGCUGAAGCUGCGCACUUGAAGAACCAGCAGGCAACAAUUAGGCGACUUGAAGAGCGAAAUCGCCAACUAGAGCAGCAGAUGGAGGAGAAAGUGAGGGAGAUGGUUGAAAUGAAGCAGCGAAGCAUGGCUGAAGAUAGUCAGAAAACUUUGGAAGCCCUUAAAGAUAGGGAACGGUCAUUGCAGGACCAACUAAGGCAAGCUACAGAAAGUGUAAAGAAUAUGCAGAAGCUACAUGAAUCGGCGCAAAGCCAGCUGUUUGAGCUUCGCACUCAGUCAGAGGAGGAUCGAACUGCAAAGGAGGCUGAAGUCAGCCUUCUGAUGGAUGAAGUUGAACGUGCUCAAGCACGAUUAGUCAGUCUCGAGAGGGAAAAGGGGGAUUUACGGUCCCAGUUGCAGACAACAAAUGAAGAUGCAAGCAAGAGUAGUGAUUAUUUGGAAUCAAGUGAUAUACUUGAGAGUUCCUUGAACGCCAAGGAGAAGAUUAUCUCAGAGUUAAAUGCAGAACUUCGCAAUAUUGAAAGUACUUUAUCAAGUGAGAGAGAAAUGCAUGUGAAUGAGCUGAAGAAGUUGACUGCUUCACUCACCGAAAAGGAAAGUGCUCUUAUGGAAUUGAAGAAAGAACUUCAAGAACGACCUACACAAAAAAUGGUAGAUGAUCUCAAGAAAAAGGUUCAGAUUUUGCAGGCCGUUGGUUACAACUCCAUAGAAGCUGAAGACUGGGAACUAGCUACCAAUGGUGAAGAAAUGAGCAAGCUGGAAGCAUUGCUUCUUGACAAGAACCGUAAAAUGGAGCAUGAACUAACACAACUGAAGGUUAAAAUAUCGGAGAAAACGAGUCUUCUUGACGAAGCUGAAAAAAGGAUAGCUGAACUAACUUCAAAGGUCGAGGAGCAGCAAAAGUUGAUUUUGAAACUCGAGGAUGACAUAUUAAAGGGUUACAGUUCAACCGAUAGAAGGGCUUCACAGUUGAAUGAUUGGGAUCUUCAAGAAAUCGGCUCUAGUGAAGCAUCGGAGGGUACUGAUCCAAGGUAUGCAUCACCAGAUCAAGAUCAAAAUUCUAUGCUCAAGGUCAUCUGCAACCAGAGGGAUCGUUUCCGUGCACGACUACGUGAAACCGAGGAGGAACUGAGGAAAUUGAAGGAGAAGUAUGCGAUGUUGACUGUAGAGCUGGAAAAAACUAAAGCUGAUAACGUCCAACUUUAUGGAAAGAUUCGAUAUGUCCAGGACUACAGCCACGACAAGAUUGUUUCCAGAGGACCAAAGAAGUAUGCAGAAGAUAUUGAAAGUGGUUCUUCAGAUGUUGAAGCAAAGUACAAGAAAAUGUAUGAGGACGACAUAAAUCCUUUUGCUGCUUUUUCAAAGAAGGAAAAGGAUCAACGAUACAAGGAACUUGGUUUAAGAGAUAAAAUCACUCUUAGCAGUGGUCGGUUUCUCCUUGGCAACAAAUACGCCCGGACAUUUAUAUUCUUCUACAGCAUUGGAUUGCAUCUCCUUGUAUUUACAUUGCUGUACAGAAUGUCAGCUUUGAGCUAUCUCCACACGACUCCUGGACAUGAUGAAAUCAUUCUGGAUGCUGGCAAUCAGACGCUAUCGCACAUGCUCUAAUUCAAGCUGAACUUCCAUGGACAGUAUCAUAGAAGCAGAUACAUUCUGGGUUUUGAUCUGUAGAAUCUUUGCAUAGGAUCAUGACUGAAAUUGCAAUUUUUAUCUGUUCCCUUAGGCGUCUGGAUAUGUUUCUUCUGUAGAUAAAAGUUUUCCAGUUUUGGGGGCAGGGGUAUCAGGGCAUGGACUUUGAAGUCAACUGUAUACUGUUGUAUUAUUAAUUGCCAUUUUCCUGGUAAAUGAAAGCACACAUUUGGCCACAGAAGGUACAUCA